CUUUUAUUUUGUCUGCGGACGUCACGUUGACGUACGGACGUCUUGUCUGGUGCUGCUGCGCGCGGGAGUUUCAUUUUGUGCCUUAUUUUGUUUACACAGCUACUUGUUUUAACCGUCAAAAUGCAUCUUUCUUUGUGAGGUGGAGUAGAGCAGUCAAAUGAAGCCAGUUUCCCAGUCUUAUGCAACUCCACUGAUUGUAUCAUCAGACAGUGACAUCCUCCAUUGGACACAGAAUGGCUGCGGCUCCAGUGGAGUACACCAUAGGAGGGGUGAAAAUAAACUUCCCCUGCAAAGCUUAUCCCUCUCAGCUGGCCAUGAUGAACUCAAUCAUUCGUGGUCUCAACAAUGGGCAACACUGUCUGUUGGAGAGCCCUACUGGCAGUGGAAAGAGUCUUGCUUUGCUUUGUUCAGCCCUCGCAUGGCAGCAAGCACAAUUUGGUAAAGAACAGGAUGCAGGCUCUAGUUCAGCUGACUGUAAGAAACCAGCAGUUGCUACUCCAUGUCAGUGUGUGUGCCAUAACCGAAAUGCACACCCCACUUCCAGCAGCAUAGCAUCUAAACCACCUCUGGUUGAUCUUCCUUGUGAAGGUACUUCUGCUCAAGCUGCAACCCCUCUCUCAAAAGAAGCAGGCAAAAGUGACCAGUCUAGGAAGUCCAGUUUGUCUUCCCGUCUCUCUGAGAAACUUCAGGCCUCUCUCUCCAAUGGAGAACAAGAUGAUGAUUUUAAGAUUGACAGGAAGCGUAUUCGUACACCAACCACAGAGCAGAAGAGCAGCAAGCGAAGAUGUCUCGAGCGAGGAGUGAUUUACAUUGAUGAUGAUGAUGAAGAGGAGGAGCAUCUGGAGAGACCACUGCCCGGGGCUCAGAGUUGGACCAUGGAAUUGAACAGUGGUGCCAGAGCUGACAGCUGCCCGUCGCAGCCACAGUGUUGUUCUCCCGUGUCUUGUUCACUUUGUCCUUGCGCCAACCUCAAAGCAGGACAGAAAACGGUUGAAAAGUCCAAGGACAGUGAUAAAGACAAAGAGGAAAGCGGAAGGAAAAAGAUCCCAAAGAUCUUCUUCGGCACUCGUACUCAUAAGCAGAUAACACAGAUCGCACGGGAGCUGAAACGGACGCUUUACUCCACCGUGCCCAUGACGAUACUGUCCAGCCGAGAUCACACCUGUGUACAUCCCGAAGUGGUGCCUCAUACCAACCGCAACGAACGCUGCAAGGAGCUGCUGGAUGCUAAGAAUGGUCUGUCAUGUAGGUACUACCACAAUGUGCAUAAAAUGCGUGAUCAGAGCACCUUACAGUGGGUUCAUGGGCUACAUCAGGCCUGGGACAUUGAGGAUCUGGUCCGUCUUGGAGGUAAGCUGCGGUCCUGUGCUUACUAUGCAGCUCGGGAGCUCAUGCAAGAUGCCUGCAUUGUGUUCUGUCCUUACAACUACCUGCUGGACCCCCUCAUUCGUGAAAGUAUGGAAAUCAAUCUGAAGGAGCAGAUUGUGGUGCUGGAUGAGGCUCAUAACAUAGAGGACUGUGCCCGUGAGAGUGCCAGUUACACUCUGAACCAAGCUCAGCUGUUGUUGGCGCGUGAUGAGAUGGAUGGAAUGGUGACACACAACAUUCGGCGCGAUCAACACAGGCCUCUGCUAGCCUUCUGCUGCAGCCUUGCCAAUUGGGUGCAGGAAAGCUGCAAUAGCUUGGAGGAGCGUGAAUAUGAGUCUUCCUGUAAGGUCUGGACAGGGACCGAGAUUCUUGGCAUCUUCCAUGGCCUUGGCAUCACAGCAGACACCUUCUCUUUGCUACAGAAAAACCUGGCAGCGGUGUUGGAGAAGGAGGAGCGGAUCGGGCUAGUGAACGGGAGAGAAGACGUGGUGCAGGUUCCCACCAUCAGCUCCAACACUCAGUCAAUGCUCAAAAGCCUCUUUAUGGUGCUGGAAUUUCUUUUCAGACAAAAUUGCAGGUUUGCAGAUGAUUACCGUGUGGCCCUCCAGCAGAGCUACAUGUGGACCACCCAGCAGGACCUGCCUGAUGCUCAGGGCUUUUUUGCACGACCCCAGCGUCGCCGACAGAGCACCCGCACCAAAACUCUGGUGCAUACCCUGAGCUUUUGGUGCCUCAACCCUGCUGUGGCAUUUUCAGAUCUGAGCAGCUCAGUACGGAGUAUCGUGCUGACCUCGGGCACCCUCUCUCCCAUGGGCUCCUUUUCCUCAGAACUGGGCAUCAAAUUCUCAAUCCAGCUGGAGGCGAAUCAUGUAAUCAACAAGUCACAGGUCUGGGUCGGUACAGUUGGUGCAGGGCCUCAGGGUCGUAAACUUUGCGCCACAUUUCAGCAUGCAGAGACAUUUGCCUUCCAGGAUGAAGUAGGGGCCCUGCUGUUGAAAGUCUGCCACACGGUGAGCAGAGGGGUUCUCUGCUUCCUGCCAUCCUACAAGAUGUUAGAUAAACUGAGGGACCGCUGGAUAAACACAGGUCUAUGGGACAAGCUUGAGGAGCGGAAGACUGUCAUUACCGAGCCACGUGGUGGUGGCAAGGGUGAUUUUGAUGAGUUGCUGCAGACAUACUACGAGGCCAUCAGAGGAACAGCGGCCAACAGUGAAAACAGAGAUGGAUCCCUGCUGGUUGCGGUUUGCAGAGGGAAGGUUAGCGAGGGCUUAGACUUCACUGAUGAUAAUGCCAGAGCAGUGGUCACUAUUGGUAUCCCGUUCCCCAAUAUCAAAGACUUGCAGGUUGAACUGAAGAUGAAAUACAAUGACAAGCAUGCCAAGUCACGAGGGCUUCUGCCUGGUGGGCGCUGGUACGAGAUUCAAGCAUAUCGGGCACUAAACCAGGCACUCGGAAGGUGUAUACGACAUCGAAAUGACUGGGGGGCACUUAUACUGGUUGAUGAUCGGUUUAGGACGAACCCAAACAAAUACAUCACAGGCCUGUCAAAGUGGGUGCGUCAGCUAGUGAGGCACCAUGACACCUUCACUGAUGCCAUGCAGUCCCUGGAGUCCUUUUCUCAAGGCCAGCGGGGGGCAGUAGAGACCUUCGAAGAGACACAAUCUCAGGCUGCCCCUCAACACCCCAGCCCCUCCACUGUUACCUCACCCCCUCCUGAGAUAAUCGCCCCCCUCAAGCCAUUUGACCCUCAGCUUGCACCGCCGAACCUACACUCCGAGGUGCGGGUGGCCAACUCUGAGAGCAGGUCUUCUGAAUCAGGUGACCAAAAGAAUAUGCAGCAUCCAUCUGAACUGAGCAGAGAACGAAAUGUCCAAAGAACACCAUGGCCUACAAGCCACCUCUUCACCUCCACUCCAGUCAGUAGCCAAUUCAAGACUCCUAUUUUUCAAUCCGAGCCAGAUGCAAGUUCAGUGAUCAACAAGCAAGUUCAGCAUGAAGUUAUUCCUGUGGCACCAAAGCACCAAAUAAAUGGUGUUCCUGACAUAAAUAACAGUUCAGUUGAACCUCAACUUGAGCGGGUCUUUGUGAUCCCUACCUCUACUUCUAAGAACACCACCAGCGGGAUGGACCAUGAAGAUACUGAAGAGGAUGAACAGAGUAUCUUCUACAGCCCUGAGCUGUUUGAAGGAGACGAGGAGGAGAAGGAAGAGACUACUGAGGUGGAGAAAUCUCCUCCAGAAGUCAGCCAUCCUCUCGCUAAUAGCACAGCCAGUGUUCUUUUGGAGGACCUCUUUGGUUCAGAGGAAGGAAAGAGGACAUUGUCUGAAGACCUUGUGAGCAGCGCUGUCCCAGACAACACAUUGUUACAGGGUAGUACAGAGCAGACAGGUUUAAACUGCGGGACAGAUAUUGGCUCACAAAAUGGCGCCAGCAGUAGUCGUUUACGUAGGCUGUCCAGAGGUAGGCAGAAAAGGCCCAGCACAUCAGCAGCAUCAGCAGGUCAAAAUUCAGACGCAAACAUCAGGGAGAGAGUGCCAGUGAAGUCCCAAGCUCCACUCAAAUCUUGUUCAAGGCCUCCAACCUCGCUAAAACUAGACCUAAACCAGAAAGUGAAAGGACAUAUCCUGAAUAGAAAGGAAAGAGAGCAGACACAAAAAGGUAACCAGCAAAAAAUAGAGGAAGCGGAGGCGCCAUCUGCAGAGACGUUAAAAAGGGAGAGAAGAACUAGUGAAACUGGCACUUGUAUAACAGUUGAACCUUUGCCUCCUACAACUGUACUGAAUGUACCGAUACUAAAAGACAGAUUAGAGACACAAACAGGUAUCAAAGUUCACAGAUCAUAUUCAAGGAAGAACAGACUCUCAAAGAGGCUUAAAAUGGCAUCUGAGGGCAGACAUUCCCAAACACAGAGCGGUUAUCCAGUCAAUCUGCCUUUGUGAUUGAAUUUGAACUGGACUCCUUAACCAAGAUCUGCUUGGUUUCAUCAGCAGUCCAGUUCUUCUCUACAAUCAAUACCCUGGGACCCAUUCGGAGGAAUCAACUGCAUUUCCCAUUUGCCUUUUAAUGUCCCUUUUAUUUUUAUCACAACAAG